AUGGAUUUUCAUGGUGGGUUAUUUUUCACUGGGAUCAUUACAAUUUUAAUAGUUCAGUAUGGAACCAAUGUUGUUUUGGUUGAAGGGAGGCAUCAUCUUCAUACAAGUAAAAAGCACAAGAGUGGUGAAAGUUCAAAAAUUGCUGAUUCCCCUGUUUAUAAUGCACCAAGUCCUGAUUCUUCUUCUUCUUCCUCUGAUUGUCCUCCUCCUUCUGAUGAUGAUGCUCCUGCCGACGAUCCGGCCAGCCCACCGGAAGCUUCUGAUCCCGGAAAUUCAACCACUAGUCCUUGCAUUUUCAAUGUCGUCGAUUUCGGGGCGGUCGGAGAUGGAUCAACUGAUGAUACUGCAGCAUUCAGAGCUGCUUGGAAAGAAGCCUGUCAGGCUCAAUCAAGUGUUCUUUUGGCUCCUUCAAACUAUGUUUUCUUGAUCACUUCCACAAUAUUCUCAGGGCCUUGCCAGCCAGGACUUGUAUUUCAAGUUGAUGGGGACCUGAUGGCUCCAAAUGGACCAGAUUGUUGGCCUAAAGGCGACAGCUUACAACAAUGGCUGGUUUUUUAUAGACUUAAUGACAUGACUCUUACUGGAACUGGAACUAUUGAAGGCAAUGGCCAACCAUGGUGGGAUCUUCCUUGCAAACCUCAUAAGGGUCCCCAUGGAUCAACAUUGCCUGGACCAUGUGACAGCCCUGCACUAAUUCGGUUCUUUCUGAGCUCAAAUUUGGUGGUUUCGGGUUUGCGAAUUCAGAAUAGUCCCAAAUUCCACAUGAAGUUUGAUGGCUGUGAAGGAGUGAUCAUCGACAGAUUGUCGAUAUCAUCUCCUAAACUUAGCCCCAAUACUGAUGGCAUUCACAUUGAGAACACGAAAUCUGUGGGCAUAUACAACUCUGUCAUUGCCAAUGGUGAUGACUGCAUCUCCAUUGGUCCUGGUUGCGCAAAUGUAGAUAUCGAAUCUGUCACUUGCGGUCCUAGCCACGGUAUCAGCAUUGGUAGCCUUGGAGUGCACAAUUCUCAGGCCUGUGUUUCGAACAUAACAGUUCGAAACGCCAUCAUUAAGGAAUCAGACAACGGGGUAAGGAUCAAAACAUGGCAGGGCGGAACAGGAUCGGUAACAGGCAUAUCAUUCGACAACAUCCAGAUGGACAACGUUCGAAACUGCGUGAUCAUAGACCAGUACUACUGCCUCACAAAGGCGUGUCGGAACGAGACAUCGGCCGUGUACCUGUCCGACGUAUCAUUCAGGAACAUUAAGGGUACUUAUGAUGUUAGAAGCCCUCCGAUUCAUUUCGCCUGUAGCGAUACCGUGGCGUGUACAAACAUCACAAUGUCUGAGGUCGAAUUGCUUCCGUUCGAAGGCGAAUUGGUGGAUGAUCCGUUCUGUUGGAAUGCGUAUGGUAUUCAGGAAACUCUAACUAUCCCUCCAAUUGAUUGUUUGUUAGAUGGAUUUCCAGAAACUGUUGGAGAGAGUUCCUUAUAUGAAUGCCAUUAG